AUGAGGUCGUCACCACUGGUCCUGCUCCUCCUGAUCGGCGUCCAGGCUGUACAGAACAUGGGAGGUGGAUUGGCCCGGUGUGCCGGGGCAGCCAACCACAAAGUCGGACAGCAGACGUCAGCCAAUCACAGAGCAGGACAGCAGCAGACAGCAGCGGGGGACCACCUCUCUGAACACCAUUCUUCACAAGAGCAUCAUAGGACCAGCCACCACAGGACCAAGAGGCCCCAUCGGGCUGCUUCAUACACCCAGGAUAGGAGUCCUGUCGUCAAGCAAUCUACGUCGGACUCCCCCCCAGACCCCUUCAACCCAGUAGUAGACCCCAAGCUAUUCUCCAAGAGACGUUACCGCUCCUCGCCCCGUGUUGUCUUCAGCGAGGUGGCCCCAUCACACGAUGCCCUGGAAGGUGAGGGCUAUGACAUUGAAGGGGUGAGGGGGGUGAGGGUAAGACGCAGAGCAGGAUCGCAUACCAUGCACCGAGGAGAGUACUCAGUGUGUGACAGCAUAAAUACCUGGGUGGGCAACCUGACACGAGCCACAGACAUAGCUGGGAAUGAGGUGAAAGUGCUGCCCAAUGUUACAAUCAACAACGUGGUGAAGAAACAGUUCUUCUAUGAGACUACCUGCCGGUCCCCAACGCACAGAGGCUCCGGGACUGCAAACGGGGGAAGGCCAGGGGGGCGAGGUGGCAAACAGGGCUCCAGAUCAGGCACCUCGGGCUGUCUCGGCAUCGACAGUCGCCACUGGAACUCCUACUGCACCAACACACACAUAUUCGUGAGCGCCCUGACCCUCUUCAAGGAACGGACAGCCUGGCGUUUCAUCCGCAUCAACGCUGCAUGUGUGUGUGUUCUCAGCAGGAAGUCUUGGGCGGGACGACUCGGGCACUGA